GGACGACAAGGCUAUGUUGUUGUGAGAGUAGUACACGGAUGGAAUGUUCAUAAUAAAGGAAAUUCCUCAGAGCCGUAUAUGAUUGAAAUGGUUCUCAUUGACGAGGAGGUUAUAUUUUAAGGAGAACACAAAGAUCAAAGAGCGUGAUCUUUCGUUAGAGACAGAAUUCCCAAGGGAUUUGUAUUCAAUAAAAAGUUUCACCGAGAUUACAAACGCACAGGAGAGCCGGAGAUGACUUAUUCGGUAAUAACGCAUAACAUUGCAUUUAUUUUUAAAGGAUUUAUCCUUGCAGAACUCAUUUUUUUUCCUUCUUCGGUUUUUAAAGAUACAAUUGGAAAGUUUAAGUAUUACACCAUCAAAUAUUCCUUGCAACCAGAUGAACUGCCGUGAGCAGCAGAAUUUAUCCUAGAAGAUUUGGAGUAUAACCCGCGCAUCAGAAUAAUCUUUUAGACUAUGGAGUGAGUAUGCUCGAGCUUUGAAAAAUUUGACCUUGACUUCGACCGAGCCACACGUCAUGCUUCUCCAACUUUGUAGAGCAAAGAUCAACUAUGGUGAAGUUAUUCUUGCAAACUCAAUCUCCUGUACAAAGGUUAUAGUGGAUGAGAAUAUCCCUGAAAAUCUGAAAUUGAGGACUUCCGUAAUAAGUCACGAAGAUAAUAAUACAAUCAAUGAAGGACAUCUCGAAUGUUUUACACAGGUUCAAAGAAGAAGAUGCAAAACUAUUUCAAUGAACCCACCAAACGAAGUCACUGAAGACGAACAACUAUACUAUGAGGUAGGAUACUCAUCUCAUCCCAUGAUCACCAGAAGCCAAUCAAAAAGACCGCAGAAUGAAUCAGACUACUUUCUCUACCCUGUUGACGACAGGUUCGACUCACCGCAUAAACUAGCAACAGCUCUACAGCGCUUCAGGUUAUCUCGUCCGGAGGAAACAACAUUCAGGCCGUACCUUAAGAGGGCCAUCAGGUUCCAUAACAAAUACAACAGAUCGAUUUCGGCUUCAAUUGGGAUCCCCCAAAAUAAUUUCAAUUGUUGAUGUACCUUUUUUUCUAUUUCUUCCUUUGUAUUGUACUUCAUGUUCACCAUUUGGAUUCUCAACCUUUGUAAUCAAACUUUAUUUUAAUAAAUUAGGGAGGUGUUCCCCGGCACUCCCCCCCCACCUCGUGUGGCUUUAACCGGGGGAAAAAAAUCUUUAAGGUUGAUAGCCGCCUCCCAGCCUUCGUCAUCUACAAACUGCACCGGAUUUUUUAUAGAUCCUACAUUAGUGAAACCAAUGACUGAAUUGCUUGCAA